CUUCUUCUUCCCAUGAACACAUGAGUUUGAUUCCAUGGCCAAACCGUCUCAAGAAUUUUCUUUUGUCCUGCAAACACAAACCCACCAUAGCCAAAAUCCACGCCCUUAUGAUAGUGACGGGUGCUGUAACCAAUUCCAACUCCACCGCACCACUUAUAGCUUCCUACGCAAGCAUCGGCCACACCGAAACCGCCCGCAAGGUGUUCGACGAAUUGCCUCAGAGGACCUUACGUGCGUGGAAUGCCAUGAUCAUUGCGUAUUCUCGUCAGCAUUGCCCGUCUCAAGCUCUGAGUUUGUAUUCUGAUAUGAUAACCGCGGGGGUUAGACCGGACAGCUCUACGUUUACUGUUGCCCUCAAGGCGUGUGCAGGCAUGGUGGACUUGAAAAUGGGUGAAGAGGUCUGGUUCGCGGCAGCGCGUUGCGGCUACGAGGGUGAUGUGUUUGUGGGGAGUUCUGUUUUGAACUUGUAUGCGAAAUGUGGGAAGAUGGAUGAGGCUGUGGCCGUUUUCGACAGGAUGCCUAGGAGGGAUCUUGUUUGUUGUACGACAAUGAUCACGGGGUUUUUGCAGAGUGAGAGGCCGGUGGAGGCAGUUGAGUUGUAUAGGAGGAUGCAAGAUGAAGGAAUGGAGUUUGAUGGGGUUGUGAUGAUGGGGCUGAUGCAGGCUUGUGCUAGUCUAGGAGACUUGAGGUUGGGGCUUUCGGUUCAUGGUUAUAUGAUUCGGAGAGGUGUUCCUAUGGAUGUUAUAGUUCAGACAAGCCUUGUGGAUAUGUAUGCUAAGUGUGGACAUUUGGAGCUGGCUUCUUGUGUGUUCAAUAAGAUGUCUUAUAAGAAUGCAGUUUCUUGGGGUGCUUUGAUUUCUGGCUUUGCUCAAAAUGGUUUUGCAGCUCAGGCACUUGAGACGGUGGUAGAGAUGCAGAGUUUUGGCUUCGAGCCUGAUUCAGCAUCUCUUGUGAGCUCACUUCUAGCAUGUUCACAAGUCGGGCUGUUGAAAUUGGGUAAAUCCAUUCAUGGAUAUAUUUUGAAAAGGGUCGAGAUUGGUCAGGUUUGCGGUACUGCAGUCAUUGACAUGUAUUCUAAAUGUGGUUCCCUUUCAUACGCUCGUGCUCUCUUUGAUCAGAUGAUCUCCAGAGACUUGAUCUCUUGGAAUGCUAUGAUUGCCAGCUAUGGGAUACAUGGGUGUGGAGAUGAAGCUCUAGCACUCUUCUGCCAGAUGACAGAGACAAACCUAAAGCCUGAUCAUGCUACUUUUGCUUCUCUUCUAUCGGCUUUCAGUCACUCUGGUCUCGUAGAAAAAGGGUUGCAUUGGUUUGAUGUCAUGGUCACUAAGUAUAAGAUGCCUCCAGGGGAAAAGCAUUAUGCUUGUAUGGUUGAUCUGCUGGCUCGUUCUGGACGAGUUGAAGAGGCUAGUGAGCUAAUAGCUUCUAUGAACACCGAACCAAGACUUCCUGUCUGGGUUGCUCUCCUUGCAGGUUGCCACAAUCAUCGGAAAUUGUCUGUGGGAGAGAUUGCAGCAAAGAAGGUCCUCGAGUUCAAUCCAGAUGACAUGGGAGUUUAUGCUUUGGUCUCAAACUUCUACGCCAUGGCAAGGAGGUGGGAAGGUGUAGCAAGUAUGAAGAAGAUCAUGAAUCAGACCGGAGUAAAGAAAGUACCAGGCUACAGUGUAGUGGAAGUGGAUGGGGAACUCCAUGCUUUUCUCAUGCAAGAUACAAGUCACCAGCACCAUGAAGAUAUUGUGCUACUUUUGAAAAAGUUGUAUUAUGAAAUGAGAGCUAUGGGAUAUGUCCCAAAAUCUGAGCUUAGUUUUGGGGAGGCACAUUCUUCAGAGCAAAUAAAAUUGAAUAAAUUAUCUUAA